AUGGACGGACGGAGGAACGAUCAAGGCAACCCAGCUCCAAAUAGCGAUUUGUUUUUGCUGAAACCUGGACAGCCUGGAGAAGCUUCCUAUAAAUGGGAGGUGGUGGAGAUCGACCCCGGGUCGCAGCUGCCGCCAGUGCGAACAUUACACACCGCGAUUUCGAUCAGCCAGGACGAGGUGUUUCUCUUUGGCGGCAUCCACUCCACAACACCUUACCAGUCCCGCAAAGCCCUCGCCGUGGCACAAAGCUUUCGAUGCACGUUGGAAGCAGUCGACACAAAGAUGGUCGACAUCUCCUUGCAGGCUGUCGAUGGUGACUCGCUGCCAAAGGAUCUCUUCCUGUCGCUGAGAGUGGGCGAGCAGCAGAAGUUCUCGAAGGCCAACUGUUCGCGAACCUACAAGUUCCCAUCGUCCGCUGACCGACGCUACGGCAAGCUCGAGCUGUACCGACGCGUUGGGGUCUCAUCCGUGAGCCUUGAUGGCGAAAGUUUCCAGGGCGCUCACGAGAUGGCCAUCCAAGUGGAGGACGAGCGGAUCCCGAACAAGGAGGUGAAAUAUCGCCUCUGCCUGGGUGGCUCUGCAAGCCUUCCUUCGCCGACGAACGAGGCGGCCAAGGCCCAGCCCGACCCUGCUAAACAGACGUCGACGAAGGAGACGAAGGUAGUGCAGGCCCGCGAGUACCUCCAGCAGCACCAGCUAGAGCAGCGCCUGUCUGAAGCAAUGCAGGCGGUUCUGCGUGAGCGGCCGGAGGACCCUGCGGCGUUCAUUGCGCAGAAGCUGCAGUCCAAAGCUGGAGUUCUGAAGAAGGUGGAGGAGCCGGUGAGCGUGCCCAUGACCGCGCCUGAACCUCCACAGCUGGAGCCGAAAGCGCAGCCGCCUGCGAAACAGGAGCAUGAGGCAGCCGCACCGGCGGCCGCGGCACCUGCUUCCACCCCAGCUCCGGCCGCGCCAGUUCCGGCCCCAGCCCCAGCGGAGCCCAAGGCUGCAAAGGCUCCGGUGCAGGCUCCAAAGGCCCAGGCCAAGGAGCCAGCUGCACCGGCACCGAAGCCAGCCGCAGCGGCACCGACACCGAAGCCGGCCGCACCGGCAGCUGCGCCGGCCGCGCCUCCCGCACGUCCGGUUCAGGCCGCGCCAGUGGCAGCCAAGCCGUUGGCGCAGCCCGAGGUUCGCGUUAAUCUUGCCAUGCCGUCCCUGGCAGACUAUCCGCUGCCCGACAACAACUUUGCAGAUCCCAUCUCCUCGGCAACCUUGAUGAUUGGCGAUGGCAUGUGCGGCUUUGCCAACAUUGGCCGCCCGGCAGUCAUGAUCCUCUGA